GCCCUCGUUAUCGCAAUGUUUGUGCUUCGCGUGAGUUGUAUGCUGGCUCUUCUGCUGAUCGCCGGUCAAGGUCAGGCGGCGCCCGUCAAGGCCGAAGGUCGCACCUUGGGCCUUCUGGGUGGAGGAUUCGGAGGCAGUGUGGGUCUGAGUGCGGGCAUCGGAGUGGGCGGUGGCCUGUAUAGCGGAUUCGGAGGAGGCGGCGGCUAUCCCGGUGGCUAUGCCAGUGGCUAUCCGGGCGGAUAUGGUGGCUAUGGCGGAUACUCCGGCUAUCCCGGCUACGGAGGAGGUGGCUACUAUCCAGGAGGAGGUUACUCCGGCUUCGGAAACAGGCCGCACCACCAUGGAGGUGGUGGUUUCUACCCGGGCGGUGGCUCCUACUACAACCAGGGCGGAUCCUAUGGCGGCCAGUACAGCCAGUCGCAGUAUUCCAAUGGAUAUUACAACGGUGGUGGCUACGGAGGCGGUGGCUUUGGCGGCGGUGGCUUUUUCGGCAAGUAAAGCUCCUAAAUCCCACCACCUGGCUAGUGAAGUACUUGUGAU